AUGUCCGAGUCUAAGCAAGCUGUAGUCUUAAAUCUUGCCCCAACCAUAGAUCAGAUCAAUGCCGAUCGUAUUACACAGAUAGCAUCUAAGUAUUGGGCACCAAAUUUGGAUUCCAAUCAAUACUUACCUUAUGAUGCCAAGGUUGUUGAAAAUAUUUACAAUGAAGAGAUCUAUAAGUCUAAUUUUUCAGUACGACGUAUUAUGAUUUUGGAAUUCAGUCAAUUUUUAGAAAACUAUUUGUGGCCUAAUUAUAUCUCUGCAAAUGCUACGUUUGCACAUAUGAUGUCCAUUGUUAUAAUGUUAAACGAAAAGUUUCGUGAACGAGUAGCACCUUGGCAGGCCUUAAAAAAGCAACCAGAUGAAUUUGAUGGAUUUAUUGAUCAAGUUUUACGUGCUAGUCUCUCUGAUGAUCACAGCAUUAAAGAACAAAUAGCUCUAGUAGUUUUUUUAAAUCAUUGUUUUCAAUGCAUGGAAACUGAUUUAGUUAGAAACAAAAUGAAAAAACUUGUAUCAAUAUCAAUUUGGUGUAGUUUACAAGAAAGACGAAGAAUAUUGGAAUUGCGUCAAGUACCUAAAUGGCAAAAACUAUGGAACCGAUUACAAAAAAAGGAUAAAGAGUUAUCACCAGAAAAUAAACUAAAAGCAGAUCUUGAAAGAACUUUUUUACAUAAAUUAUGCAUUAAAUUUAUCAAUGUUUUGGAAAACAUACCAUUAGAAGGUGAUUUGUGUGUGGACCAUUUAAACUAUUGUGAAAGGUUUUUGGAAAUGCUUAUUGAUUUAGAAACAUCAUUACCUACUAGAAGAUUUUUUCAUGUAGUCUUAGAUGAUGUUCAUUUAAUUAACCGCUGUUAUUUAGCUUUGUUAAGCAAACGUGAUGAAGGACACCUAUUCAAACAGCUUUUAGAUAUAUUAAAAUUUUAUUUCCAUUUUGAAAUUUGUCAAUCUACUGGUGAUCCAUUAAAAGAAAAUGAAGUGAUGCAAGCACAUUAUGAUAAAAUUAUAUCAUUACAAGCAACAUUAUUUGGAAAAUUUACUAAAUUACAAGACUUUUCUUUAUCUAAUAUUAAUGCUAUUGAUAAAUAUGAUUCUCUCAUUAAACACUUUAAAAAUCUAAGUAAUCAAGAACUUCAAAAUAUUGCUAUGGAACUUAAUUUGAUUCCUGACCAAGAAAAACGUUUGAAUGAAAAUUGGUAUCGUUACGACUCUGAGUUUUUACUCUCUUUACUGGUAUCUCGCCAUGAAGCUAGAGAAUCACAGUUACAAAUUUUAAAUGGAAUGCCUCUUUACCCUACUGAAGAUAUUAUAUGGAAUGAAGCUGUGGUUCCUACUGAAUAUUAUAAUGGCAAUAAAUGUUUGGCGUUACCAAAAUUGAACUUACAAUUUUUGACUCUCCAUGAUUACUUGUUGCGUAAUUUUCAACUGUUCAGAUUAGAAUCUACAUAUGAAAUUAGACAAGAUAUUGAAGAUUCUAUUACUCGGAUGAACCCAUGCAAAUCUGAAGAUGGAAGCAUUUACUUUAGUGGUUAUUCCAAAAUGGCAUUACCUAUUGAUAAUUUUCUUGUUGUAGAAGUAGCAAAACCGAACCUUGGUGAUUUACAACCUUCUAGAGUUCGAGCUGAUGUUAUAGUUACUUUAAAUGUGAAAAAAGAUGUUCAAGAAGAAUGGGAAAACCUUCGUAAACACGAUGUUUGUUUCUUAUUAACAGUUAAACCAAUUUUACCUAUAGGAUCUAGGAUUGACUAUCAUAAGCCAUUCCUUCAACAAACCGCAAUAGUCUGUGUUAGAGGCUGUGAAGUAGAAGGAAUGUUAGACAAUAUGGGUCGUGUAAUUGAAGAAGGACCUGAUCCAAGACCGGUCUUACCUGGCCAAAAACGAACAUAUCGUGUUUGGUUGGACUGUAAUCAAUACCGUGCAGAUCUUGAUAAUGUUGCUGCUGGAGAAAUUGAUGUUUAUGAAACUUUUAACAUAAUAAUGCGAAGAAAACCUAAAGAAAAUAAUUUUAAAGCUGUAUUGGAAACUAUUCGCCAUUUGAUGAACACUGAAUGUGUUGUACCUGAUUGGAUUCAUGAUAUUAUUUUAGGAUACGGUGAUCCAUCAGCAGCUCGAUAUGAUAAAAUGCCAAAUAGGAUAAAAGUAAUGCACUUUAAUGAUACAUUUUUAAACAUGGAUCACUUGUUAUCAAGCUUUCCGAAUCAUCAAAUAGUUCCACACGAAAACAAUCCUACUAAAAUGCUACCGCCAUAUCGCAUUCAUUUUCAUGAAACUACUGAUUCAAACGGUAAACCCCUAAAAAAGGCUAUUGUACAAUCUGAGAAAAUUGUUAACAGAGGUCCUUACAAGUAUAAUCAACCUAAAAAGAACAUGAUUUAUUUUACACCAACACAAAUUGAAGCAAUAUAUUCUGGUAUGCAACCUGGUCUUACUGUAGUUGUUGGACCUCCAGGAACUGGUAAAACAGAUGUGGCUGUACAGAUAAUUUCAAAUUUAUACCAUAACUGGAGAAAUGAACGUACGUUGAUUGUGACACAUUCUAAUCAAGCAUUGAAUCAAUUAUUUGAAAAAAUUAUGGCAUUAGACAUUGAUGAACGACAUUUAUUACGUUUGGGACACGGAGAAGAAGCUUUAGAAACAGAUAAGGAUUUUAGUCGGUAUGGAAGAGUAAAUUAUGUUCUAGCAAAAAGACUCCAGUUAUUAAAUGAAGUACAGCGUUUACAAGACUUAAUGGAUGUAAAGGGAGAUAUGUCAUACACUUGUGAAACAGCUAUGCACUUUUUUUGGUCCCAUGUACUUCCGCGGUGGAAUAAAUACUUAACAACAUUGAAAAAUCUGGAAGAAAAUUCUGAUGGCGUUAUUUCAAUUAAUAUUGUCAAGGACAACUUCCCAUUUGAUCUUUUCUUCAGUGAUGCUCCUCAGCCUUUAUUCAAAUGUCAAAACUUAGAAGAGGAUAAGGAAAUCGCAAGAGGUUGUUUUAGGCAUAUCAAAAAAAUAUUUAAGCAAUUAGAUGAGUUCCGGGCUUUUGAAUUACUAAGAACUGGUUUAGAUCGCUCUCGAUACUUAUUGGUAAAAGAAGUUAAAAUAAUAGCAAUGACAUGUACUCAUGCUGCAUUAAAGCGUAAAGAACUUAUAGAGCUUGGCUUUAAAUACGAUAAUAUACUGAUGGAAGAAUCAGCUCAAAUUCUUGAGAUAGAAACUUUUAUUCCUUUAUUACUUCAAAACUCUGAUGAUGGAUUUAGCCGCUUAAAACGAUGGAUAAUGAUUGGUGAUCACCAUCAAUUACCUCCAGUUAUUAAAAAUAUGGCUUUUCAAAAAUAUUCUAAUAUGGAGCAAUCAUUAUUUACACGCAUGGUCAAUUUAGGAGUUCCUACUAUUGAUUUAGAUGCUCAAGGACGUUCACGACCUAGUUUGAGUCAACUAUAUAAUUGGCGUUAUAAUAACUUAGGAAAUCUUAACCAUGUGUUAACUGCUCCAGAAUACCAUAAAGCCAAUGCUGGUUUCUCUUAUGAAUACCAGCUAAUUGAUGUAGGGUUAUUUAAUGGUGUUGGAGAAACUGAACCAAACCCCCAUUUCAUCCAGAAUUUAGCAGAAGCAGAAUAUUGUGUGUCUGUUUACAUGUAUAUGCGACUUAUUGGUUAUCCCGCUAGUAAAAUUACUAUUUUGAGUACAUAUAAUGGUCAAAAACAUUUGAUCAGGGAAAUCAUAAACAUGCGCUGUGGUUCUAACCCGCUCAUUGGUUGGCCCCACAAGGUAACUACAGUAGAUAAGUAUCAAGGUCAGCAAAAUGAUUAUGUACUAUUGUCGUUAGUAAGGACAAAAACUGUUGGUCAUUUAAGAGAUGUUAGACGUCUUGUUGUUGCUAUGUCAAGAGCAAGGCUUGGGCUAUAUGUUUUUGCUAAUGUAUCACUAUUUAGCAAUUGCUUUGAAUUAUCACCAUCGUUCAAAAUUUUAACAAAACGGCCACUAAAAUUACAUCUCUUACCAGAUGAUUAUUACCCUACUAAUAGACUACUUGAUAGUCCUAUAGAAGCUCAACGUCAAGUUUUUAUAGUACAAGACAUGCCUGAAAUAGCAAAAUAUGUAUUUGAUUAUUAUUUACAACGAGUUCAGGAACUAAAACAAGUUCACCAAGAAAUUAAACCAGUGGAUGAUUGGAUUAAACCUGGAGAAGCAGUAACAUCUGUAGAGAAAAAAAUCAUUAGGUCUAACCUUCCUGGACCAGAAUCUGAUUCUGAAGAUGAUGAUAAGGAUAAUGAUAAUGAUAAUGAAAAUGAAAGUGCUAUAAUAGAGGGAAAAGAAAAGAUUGAACCCACAAAAAUUAAUGAAACCGAUGGCAAACAAUUACAUAAAAUGGACGUAGAUGACUUGAGCGCAUCACCAGAAAUUAAUAAAACUACUAAUGUUUUAGAAAAAGAUGAAACUAUGGAAGAAGAUUAA